CAUAGAGCACAGUCCUUGACAUCACUCAGCUGCAGAGAUGAAUAAUCAAAGCAUAACCUAUGCAGAGCUGAAUCUGGUUAAGGACUCAAAGAAACAGCAAAUGAAACCUAAGGGCACUAAAAGCUCCAUUUCAGUAAUUGAGGAGGAAAUGACCUAUGCUGAAUUAAACCUUCCAAAUGCCUCUCAGGAUCUUCAAGGGAAUGACAGGCACCACCACAGCAAAGAUUUACCGUCAUCUACAUGGAAGCUCGUUGCUGGGAUUCUGGGAAUAAUCUGCCUUGUUCUGCUGUCCACUGUGGUAACAAUGACAGUUGUUAUUCCCUCUGCUGUAAUCCUGGAGUGGAACAAUUCAUCCCUGGUAACAAGGAAACAGAAAGCAUAUCAUUGUGGUCGUUGUCCAAAGGAGUGGUUAACAUAUUCCAACAACUGCUAUUACAUUAGUACUGAGAGAAAAACAUGGAAUGAGAGUUUGAUGGCCUGUGCUUCUAAGAACUCUAACCUGCUUUACAUAGAUAAUGAAGAAGAACUGAAUUUUUUGAACUUCUUAAAUGUUUUCUCAUGGACUAGAGUCUCCCAUAGAACCAAUAGUGAUUUAUGGAUGUGGCCAAACGGCUCAACUUUCUCGUCUAAACUGUUCUCAAUAUCAUCAGAAAGGGACAAAAAUUGUGCAUUUUUUAAUUUUCGAAAAAAUACACUUUCUCCUGCAUCUUGUUUGGAAAAAAAAAUAUAUGUUUGUAAGCACUCGGCAUUUUAGCUUACCUAAAUGUGAUAUAAUGCUACUCUCACCAUC